CACUGUCGGGACGUCUUGCGGUCCUCUCUCAGCCACUGUGCAGACAGCGCGGCUCGGCGCACAUCGUCGCUGCGGUGUCUGUCUCCUCUCCGGAACAGCCACCUACUUGAAAUGGAGCCUGAGACCUGGCAGUAAUGGAUGUCUUGUCUCUUGGGUGGAUCUGCCAGCACUGAGACCCGGGGAGGGCCAAAUUAAUUGAAACCACUGGAGUGCACCAGAGGGCAAAAGUAAAGCUUGCCAAAGUAGUGACUGUGUCUUGGCUCUGAAGGGAGGAGCGAGAAGGCGCAGACCCCACUUACUCCUUCCAAACAAAGGGAGUGCUUGCCCAGGAAGUGUUCUUCACUGUCUGUCAGAACAGGAAUCUUUCACCUUGGAAAAUGAAGAUGUUGUUGCCAUGGGAACUCUUAGUCCUUCUGUCACUCAAAGAGUGCCUUGCCGACAACGCCCGCCACGGUCCUGUCUUCACCCAGGAGCCCAGUGACAGUGUUUUCCCUAUGAGCUCCGGCGACAAGCUGGUGUUCAUUAACUGCAAAGCGAAGGGUAACCCACCUCCACACUAUAGGUGGAAAGUGGAUGGGAGGGACAUAGACUCUGGUUCGGACCAGAGCUACAGCCUUGUUGAAGGGAACCUGCUGAUCAAUAAUCCUCAUUUUAUCAAUCACGGAGGCGUCUAUCAGUGCAUCGCCACCAACGCGUUUGGAACCAUCGUCAGCAGGGAGGCAAAAGUCCAGUUUGCAUUUCUGCAGAACUUCAGCCAAAAGCUGAGGAACACGGUGACGGUGAGAGAGGGUCAAGCCGUGGUUCUCCUCUGUGGCCCGCCGCCCCAUUACGGAGAAAUCAAGUAUUCCUGGGUUUUCAAUGGCAACCGCAGCUUCCUCCAGCAGGAUGCCCGCCGUUUCAUCUCCCAGCGGACGGGCAACUUGUACGUCGCCAAAGUUCAGGCCUCGGACGCCGGGAACUACACGUGUGUAGUGAGAAACAUGAUGACCAACGCCACGGUGUUCAGCUCUCCGACCCCGGUGGUGGUGCGGGGUGACGUGGUGAUGGGUGAAUACGAGCCCAAGAUCGAGGUUCAGUUUCCUGACACCCUUUACGUUUCCAAAGGAUCGUCAGUGAAGCUGGAAUGCUUUGCCCUAGGAAACCCCGUGCCAUCCAUCUCCUGGAGGAGAGCCGAUGGAAACCCACUCCCUGGGAAGAUUAAGAUCAACCACUACACCGGAGAUCUGGAAAUUCCAUAUUUUCGCCCAGAGGAUGCCGGUGUGUACGAGUGUGUUGCUGAGAACAGCAGAGGGAAGAAUGUUGCCAGAGGGCAGCUGAUAUUCCAGAAUGUUGAACAUCUUCAGUGGACCCAGAUACUGAAAGAUGCACAUAUGGCCAUUGAUGCCAACCUGCAGUGGGAAUGUAAAGCCAUUGGUAAACCUAAACCUAGAUAUCGAUGGUUAAAGAAUGGUCAACCGCUAACAACAAAGGAGAGAGUUCACGUUGAAGCUGGCAGACUGACCAUAUCCACGAUCCGUUUGUCAGACUCAGGGAUGUAUCAGUGUGUGGCAGAGAAUGAAUAUGGAUCACUGUAUGCCAGCGCUGAGCUCAAGGUUGUAGCUUCGCCGCCUGAUUUUACCCAGCGGCCCGUGAAAAAAUCCACGGUGAUCCAUAGAGGAGGAGAGGUGGUGUUAGAGUGCCGGCCCAACGCUUCCCCCAGGGCCACCAUCUCCUGGUGGAGAGGGGGCGAGCUCCUGAGGACCGGCAAGAGACAGAUGAUCCUGGAGGACGGCACGCUGCGCAUCGCCAACAUCUCCAAGGCGGACGAGGGCAGCUACACAUGUGUGGCCAGAAACCAUUUUGGAGCAUCCAGCAGCACAGGGGCUCUGGUAGUGAAAGAGCCCACCAGGAUCGUGGUACCGCCUCUAAGCUCGGACGCCAGCGUGGGACAGAGCCUGGUCCUGCCCUGCCAGGUGUCCAGCGACUCGUCCCUCAGUCCCGUCUUCAAGUGGUUCUUCAACGGCAAGGCCAUCGACUACAGCCGGCAGGAGCACUUUGAGAUGAUUGGUGGGGGAUUUGCAGGCGACCUGAUGGUGAGGAACAUCCAGCUGAGGCACUCUGGAAAGUAUGUGUGUAUGGUACACACUGACGUGGACACGGUGUCGGCAGCAGCAGAUCUAAUUGUUAGAGGACCUCCUGGAGCCCCUCAGGGUCUGCUAGUGACAGCCAUUACUGACGCUACAGCGCAGCUAUCCUGGAGCUCUGGACCAGACAACCACAGUCCCAUCACCAUGUACAUGGUUCAAGCUCGGACCCCCUUCUCUAUUGGCUGGCAGACAGUGAAGACAGUUCCUGAUUCUGUGCCUGGACAGAUGAUGCACGCAACUGUGAAAGAUUUGAGCCCCUGGGUGGAAUAUGAAUUCAGGGUGGUCGCAAUCAACAGUGUUGGUGUUGGAGAACCCAGCAUGCCGUCAAAACAGAUCCGAACCAAAGCAGCAGCUCCCAAGGUUGCACCGGUUAAUGUGAGUGGCGGCGGGGGAGCUCGAGGAGAGCUUGUCAUUACGUGGGAGCCGGUUCCAGAGGAACAGCAGAGCGGAGAGGAAUUUGGCUAUCUCGUGGCUUUCCGCCCGCUCGGCAGCAGCACCUGGAUCAAGACGGUGCUGGCCUCGGCCGACGUGUCCAGAUACGUGUACAGGAAUGACAGCGUCGCACCACUGUCCCGUUUCGAAGCCACUGUGGGUGUGUUCAACAGUGUGGGCGAGGGGCCGUUCAGUCGGAUCGUAAAAGUGCUCUCUGCAGAGGAAGAGCCUUCCGCCGCUCCAUCGAGAGUAUGGGCUCAUUCCUUAUCUGCCUCUGAGAUUGAGGUGUACUGGGAACCAGUUCCUCCCAGGUCCAGCACUGAGAACAUCAUAGGGUACGAGGUUCUCUUGUGGGAGGGAAGCUCUGAGCAGCGUGAAGCAGACAGGGUGAGGGUUACCGACAGCUCGGCGCUGCUCUCCGGUUUAAAGAGCAGUACGGUCUACCUGAUCUCAGUGAGGGCCCAGAACAGUGCCGGAUUUGGACCCUCUAGCCCCUCCAUCAGCGUCGCCACCAAGAAACCACCACCAAGCCAGCCUCCAGGGGCCAUUGAGUGGAACCUGACCAACUCAAAGAUCUUUCUGAAGUGGGAGCACGUCAAGGCGUCGCAGAAUGAAUCCGAGGUGACGGGAUACAAGGUUGUGUAUCGCCAGAGCUGGCAUGGCAGGACUACGGUACUGCAAACCAAUAAGACCAGCAUUGAGCUGCGGGUUCCUUACGGGGAAGACCACGUCAUCGAGAUCACAGCGCUGACUGAGGGGGGCCAUGGCACCAGCAGCGGUCCCAUUCACAUACCAAAGAUGUCCAGUCUGAACUCAAAAGGAUGUGUGGCUAGAAUUCCAGUGAAGAUUUACUGUUUCAUCCCCUUUGGACUUCAUUUAUUAAUCCAUCUACUGAUGCUAUUAUGCUGAAAGUAAACGCAGUGUAUAGUUUUCCUCCAGCAUUUGACAUUUGUCGAACAAACGGCGGCAACUGUACAAUUUUUCAGCCUCUGGUUUCCAAGGAACAGGAGCGGAGAGAUGGAACCUUGGUGAAAAGUUGUCAAAUGCCCACAAAGUGCUGCUCUCAGACAACGGCACAAAACAUCUCCUGCUGGGCUGCAACACUGCACAAUGCAUAAAUUUGUCAAAGCUGAAAAGCGGACCUUCUCUCCUUUCACUGACAAAUGAAUUUGAGCACAGCUUCAUGUCCCUUUUUUAUUUCUGUGUGUGUGCUUAUUUUGCAUUAAUGUUAAUGUCCAGUUUCAGUUUGUUUUGAUGUGAAACCUCUUACCUUGGUGCACAAAUUUCUCUCUCAACCAGCAGGUUUGAAACAAAAGUGUCCUGUCAUCCUCUUCGCUUUGUUUCCUGAAGACGAGCAGUUGAGCCUUGACUUUUUUACUUUGGUAUGAAAGAAAAACCCUUGAAGAAAUUGUAAAUAUUUGUUACCAUGUCUGUAGCCACCUUGAGCUAAUGAAAAUACACUUUUAUGAUAUAGGUUAGAAAUCUCCCAAGAUAAGAAGAAGAAGACAUCUGGCUUUCUAACCUGUAUCUGUUGCAGGCUAUAGUAGAUCAACAAUAAGCGUUAUUAGCUUAGCAGCUUGAAACAGAAGUUCUCAAAAUGUUCAACUUCCAACCCAAAGGAAAAUAACUGCACAGAGCUGAGAAUCCAUCUACUGCAGGUUGAAUACAAAACAAGCUAUUGUGCUUGGUCAGCUUAUUAUUGUUUGUCACAUUGUGCUGUUAGUUUUCCAUGCCCCAGAGUUGCUGUUGACACCAAACUUAAACUGUGCUGGGAAGUGACUUACAGCAUUUCAGUUUAAGUUAUCAGCUGUAGCUAAUUAUCUAGAUUGUUGAGUAAACCCCCAUCGUAGUUAAUGAAGACCCCUCUAUGCUCUCUGUGAAGCACAUGAACAAAAAGUCUGUAUGUUCCACUGAUCACCGUGAGCUGAUGACACGGAAAAUCUUUUUAUCAAACUAUUGUAAAAUAUUAUAAAUACAGAGCAACUACUUUUCCAUCUCCUCCCUCCCCCUUUAAAAAACAAUGACAGAACAUGUCUUUCACAUCAUGACAUGUAAAUUUGCCUAUUAAAUCAUAGCCUAAAAACUCAAAACUUCCUUUGGUCAACGUGUUGCACAAUAUGGGAGUGUGUGCGCUUCUCUACAGCUAGGAACUGUUUCCAUAGGGAACCCAGCACACAGUGCUCUCCUUUCCCAAGGUGCCUGAUUAAGGCUCUAUUGAUUAGUGCAGAGACUGAAAAAUAUGAAUUCCAGCUGCUGAGUGAGAACAACAGUGAGUGGCUCAAGCGAAGAGCUAAAACUUAACACGAUGUACUUCAGACUUAAAUUCUCUCCAGCCAUCUUGCAGUUGAGGGUGUACCCAGGGCUUUAACCAGGUGUGAGGGGGUUUUAUGUGACUUAGCCUGAGACCGUUAAGAUUCUAUUGCUAAAUCUGGCAGUUUUUACCUCCCGUCUUCUGAAUCUGACAGAUAAUACGCCACUUUUUUUUUUCUACAUGUGAUACUUGAGACAAAAUCAAUGAAUGCAUCUCACCCAGUAGCUUUGUUCCAGCUCAGCCCUGCUGUUGCUAUUGGCGCUUUAUUGGGGCAAUCGGUUCCUUAUAACGCAGCCUUGUGAUGAGCAGAUGCAUCAUUAAAGUAAUUAAUAGCAGGUUUGCUGUUCCCUCUGCAAUUAGUUAAAGUCUCCGCUGUGAGCAGAGCUGCUCAGUAACCACAAGCUCAAACUUAUAAACAUAAUUAUAUUAGACCAGCUAAUGGCUAAUGUUGGCCCAAGCAGUGGUGUUUAGUUAAAGAAACGAGCCAGUUAGGAGUUUUCUGUUUCUUCUGUUUAAUUCAUUCCUCUAAUGCCUGUGUGACAAAACAUGUUUUUACCGAAGUUCAUUCAGUUGCUGUGGAUUAUUGUUCAUCUAUGUUGAAGACUGUUGCCAGCUGAAAUAGAUAUCUUCAUCCUAUCAAUGGUACUGCUGAAUUCCUCAAAGCAGACAAAGGAAAAGCUGCUUCUUUUCUUCUCUUGAUGUUAUGCAAGAAAACACGGAGUGACCUUGUGAUGCUUUAACACGUGUGCAGACACUCUGAGUUGCAUUUUUAGCUGAGUUUCUGUCAGAAAUCCAUUAAAUCGCUCUGCCUUAGCAAGUUCAUAUGCUGUUUAUGUCAAAUGUUGGAAAAGAUUCACUUUAAAUGUUGAUGCGUCCAAACCGUUUGCUGGUACUGUGUAUCAAAGCGGUGAAGUCGUCCUGCAUCAAAACCAUUGUGCUUAUAAUGUAAAGAGAUGGAUUUAUAAUGAUAGGACAAAAUGAGGAAUGUUAUUGUAUUAUUUUAAUUGUUUUUGUUAUUUUGCGGGAAGAAAGGAUGGGUUGAAGGGAAAAAACCUGAAAGCUUUAAAAAGUACCAUAGGAUAUUAUGAGAUGUAAAGUUUCCUAAAGCAGAUUUCACAUUAAGAGUCGAAUAUGUUGGAAAAAUUAGUGUCGGUGUGUGAAGCUUCUCCGUUCUGUAGCCGCAACAGAAAACAGAUUUGUUUUGCAAAGGUAUUCAUAUCCUUCAGUUUGUCCAAAAUUUAUCAUGUGUGAAAAAGCAGCACAAAGUAGUGCAAGUGAUACAAUAUGAAUAUGAAUCUGUUUUAUACAGUUAUAAAUAAGUUUUCUUUUUUUUUUUUUACAGAUGUGAAUCUGAAAAGUGUGGUGUGCCGACCCCUGGACCCAUUAUUAAUAGAACCACCUGCCAUCCAUAUAGAGAUGCUGGUCUUCCAGUCUCUGGCUGCUUACUUUCCCUUUUCCCCGUUCUUCCUUGUAGAAGCUGAAGCUGCAGAUGGGAAGCAGACCAUCUGUGAGCAUCAGGUUUUAGUUUUGCUAGCUCUUGGUUUAGCUUUAUGUCUCUACCAGUAGAGUUGAAAGUGUGACCCCGGGGCCAUUUGAGAGCCUCUGAUUUUAUGCGACCUUCAACCACCAUUCAACUGUAGCACAGCUCUGGUUUGCUAACUCAAGGAGUUGAUGCAAGGAUACAUUUACAAAAAAUAUUUUAACUGAUAUAAAGACUUUUAAAAUUCCUAAAAUUGAUCACUUAAGGUGCAACACAAAGAAUUAAUUGUCUUGCAACCUUAUUUUUAUGUUUGCUUUGAUUAAAUUUGAUGUUAGAUAUGACCACAGUGACUGGGAUGGGAUGUACUGGGAUGCAGACAUGGAGGCACACACUUAUUGAGCUCGGCUAAAUGAAACAAUAAUUAGCCAUAGCUGGUUUUUGUUGCUGAAAAUACAAACACAAAAUAAAACCUAGACAAAAUGAAUCAACCUGAAGAAAUUAUUAUUGAUUGAUUUAAGUCUCACAAAACAGCUGCAUUCAGGUGGUUCUCAACUAGACAGAACUUUUACUUAUGAGCAUCAGAGGUCUGAAUACACGGGCAAUCCACACUUUUUAGAUAAAAAACUAUAAUUCUGAGCACAAUUUGCUGCUCACAUAAAAUUACAAUAUUAAUUUAUUAUUUUUUCUUACAGAAUCGUACAUUGAAGCUUGUGGUCAUAAAGCAUCAAAACAUUAAAAAGUAGUUAGAUGUGAAUAUGUCUACAAAUGCCUGAUUAACUGUUCUGGUAGGAAGGUAAAUUAUGCUUGUAUCCCUCAGUUUGCAAAAGUACAAGUUUUCAAUUUAACAACAUUAAAACUAAAAAAGCUGUUUUGUUUUUUAUCGUUCUGCAUCAAGCAGCAGUUUUCAAACUGUUGCAUAUCUUUGAUUGUGGUACAUCAGGCUUAUGACACAUUUAGAGUUUGCAUCCUGAAUGUUUUUUGGUUUAUGAACCUCCUGUACCUGCACAUGGGACAAGCAUGAGGAGGCAAACAUUUCUUACUCUCUGCUGUUACACUCCAGUAAAUAUUAGUAGAUUCUGUUAUGGUGCAACAUCCAAAAACAGGAAAUCUGAAGCUUUUUAGUACAGUAAAAAAAAUACUCAAUUAUAUUCAAUUCCUUCAUAGACACAAUAAAUACCUUUUUAAAAUAGAUCAAAUAUACAAGUCGGUUACAGAAACAUUGCUACUGCUGAACUCCAGUUUUAAAUUUCCAGUCAUAUGUUGAAAAGAACAGAAAACGGCUAAUUAUACCAUGAAAACGUCUUUAAUAUUGACCUUUUUAUUUAAACUUGUGUCUCUGUCAGUAUUAACAGUAUUUAAUUUAUUUAUUAAAUAAUUAAUUUAAUAAAUAAAUUAUUACGUUGUCUAAAAAUAGACAACGUAAUAAUUGUCACACAAUUAAUUCACACAAUUUUAAUUUAACAGAAAUUUAGGUAGAGUUAGGGUGAAAUGCUCUCCAUGUUUGUGCACAUAGGGCUUACUUUAUAGUUGAAAUAAUACAUAGUUACUAUUUAAAAAUUGCCUUUUAAAAUAUUGAGUUAAGAUCUUCCUUUUAAUUUUGUUCUUGUAUUAUUUGUGUAUUUAUUUCUUUUAAUAUAAGUAUAAAUUAUUGCACUAGUGUUUCUAUUUUUAAAUGUAUCAUUAACUUAUCGUUGCGCUCUAUUGCUGAUCAUUUAAGUGAUGUAAUACUAUUGUAUUAAACAGAUAUCUCUGUGAGAUACUGAGGAACGAUUCAAUAAAGUUUCACAUUGAAACCUUUU